AUGUUAUGUGCUGAUGAAGACUCGUGCCGUGGUCGUGGUUUAAGUGGUGCUUCGGCUCCUACAGCUGAGCCUAGUUUUGGAAGUGAUCUUGUCGACCCUACACCACCAGCUGAGCAAACUUCUGGGCGAGGCCGUGGUCGUGGAAGAGAUCGUGGUCGUGUCAGAGACCGUGGUAUAGCCCCCGCAACUGCUUUCCAAGAAGCUGAUCCGACUCCACCAACUGAGCCUACUCUAUCAGCUGAUCCGACUCCACCAACUGAGCCUAAUCCACCAGCUGAUCCGACUCCACCAACUGAGCCUAAUCCACCAACUAGAUCCAAUCCACCAGCUCACCCUAAUAAUGUUGGAAGAGGUCAUGGUCGUGGCAGAGGCCGUGGUAAAGGCAUCGCUCCCGUUCUUUGUAGCUCUGGAAACAGCUCGAGUACGUUCCCUGUUGCGUAUAAAACAAUUUCACCUGUUUCUGUCAUUGAUGGACCAACUGUUAUCAACAUUGUGAUUACUCCGGUCGAAGCCGAUGUCACUGAAAGUGUAACACCCGUUUAG